AAUCUGAUAAAUUACAUAAGGAUAAUGCUAAUAAAUGGAUAGAAAAUGCAUUAAAUAGUAAAGAAGUUAAAUUUAUACCAUUUAAUCAAUUAAUAAAUUCUAAAAAUCUUACUACUGGAGGAUUUGGAUCUAUCAUGAAAGCAACUUGGAUUACAACAGGAACAUGUAUUGUAUAUAAAAGAUUAACUAAUACACAAUCUAUUAAAGGUAGUAUAUUAGAUGCUUUUAUUCAUGAAUUAAAAAUCCAUUUACAUUUUGAUUUUUGUGAUCGAAUUGUUCGUUGUUUUGGUAUUAGUAAAG